CCCGCCCACGCGCCGCCACGUCGCGUCAGUCGUCGCUCUGCGCCUGCGCCCGUUGUCUGUUUGGUCGCGCCCGGGUCCUGCGCCCCGCCAUGUGGGCUGCGGCGGGCUGGCUGUGGGGCUCCCGCGCGGGUCUCCGGGUCCUGCUCCGCAGCCGCGAUGCUGCGCUCGUUUCGGACUGCGCGCGGGGACUGCACGGCUCCGCUGUCUCCUGCAAGAACUGGCUCAAGAAAUUUGCCUCCAAAACCAAAAAAAAGUUUUGGUAUGAAGGUCCUUCCUUGGGCUCGCACUUGGUUUCUCUGACUCCAGACUUCUCAGCCUGCCGAGUGUACUGGAAGACAACACUGUCUGCUGAGCAGAACGCACGCACGGAGGCUGUCCUGCAGAAAAGUGCUGCGCACAUGAGGCACCUUUUGAUGUCCCAGCAGACCCUGAGGAAUGUGCCACCAAUAGUGUUUGUUAAAGACAAGCGAAGUGCAGCUCUAGCUGAGAUUGAUCAGUUACUGGCAGUCGCAGACUUUGGACCUCCGGAUCAAAGAGACGACUUUGUGCGAAUUGAUUUCAGGAACCCUGAUGCCCUGCAACCCUGCGGCACCACAGAGCCUACCACAAGCUCCAGUCUGUGUGGGAUCGAUCACGAGGCACUCAACAGGCAGAUUAUGGAGUACAAAAGGAGGAAGGAUAAAGGGCUUGGGGGCCUAGUGUGGCAGGAGCAGGUGGCUGAGCUGACAGUGCAGAUGAAAAAGGGAAGGAAGAAGGCCAAGCCCAGCCUGGAGCGGGACAGCUCCCUCGAGAGUUACCUGUUGGGAGAGGAGGGCGAAGAUGGCCUGGACCUGGAUGGCGCCCCGGAGUACGAAUACUGUGCCCCAGACACAGAGGAGUUGGAGGCUGAGAGAAGAGGUAGUAUAACAGAGGAUGACCGUGGCUGCAGAGCAAGGGGGGAGUAGAUGGCAUUGCGUCAGCUCUGUCCAUCCCAUGUUUGCAAGGAAAAGCAUUGUCACGUGAUGCAGCAUGUUGCUUCAUUGAGGCAGUUGAUGGAGUUAAAACCAUCUGCUCUUCCGCUGCUUGGACAUUUUCUAGCUUUUCCAUGUAUGUAAACACAGUUUGCCCCAGAAAAGUCACUUGUUUUUAACCCCCAUACACUAUGUUUAAUUUAAAAAAUAAAGGGCCAUAUUAUUACAGAUUAUCACAAAAAGAAAAUGGUAAAAUAGCGUCUCUGAGAUGCUGGCAUGGCCACCUUCACCUGCAGAGCCCUGCUAGGUGCCAAUGAGUUCUUGGCCCAAGGGGUCAGACCACAGCAGUGGCGGGGAUGAGAACUGAACCUGCAAACCUGGGGAGAGCAGACGGUCCCCAGGGUCUCCCGACACCCCCAGAGCUGCUGCGUAGGCACAUGGCCCUGGGGCUUUGUCUCUGACUGGCCUCUUUAGCACAGCUUUGUGCAACGGGCUCCACCAGGCUCAGGCCGUGGUUGAGCAGAAAGUGAGUUGGCAGGUUUGCUGCUGAGCCUUCCUGGGCGAGCCUGGCUCUUGUCGUAGUUCCAUCACACGUGAAGUAGCAGCACUUUUCCCUUGGUGGCUAUAGCCACCUAGUGUAUUUUCGAAUCCAUCCAAAUAUGCAGCAUACUUGGUCUUUGCCUUCUAAAGAGUGUGUGACUCUGAGACACAGGCUGUAAAAGGCAUCACUCGUACUGAAUUCGUAUCACCUCUAACACAGGGAUUCAUUUUGCUGUUUAUCCGAAGAGAAGACAUAGAUGCUAUCCCUUGUCAGCUACUAUUUAGUUCAGCUUCCCUCUUGUUGCCCCAGCCUCUCUCAGCUGUCAGGUUCUAAAUUCAGAAUUCUCUAAAUUCUGUCAGGUUCUGCACUAUGAGUUGUGUCAUCCCUCCAAGCCCUGGCUUUUUGCUGGGGCUGUGAGAAUCAAGAUGGCACACGGAAAGCAUCUGUCCCAGGAUCUGCACAUGACAGGUACCCACGGUGCGGGAGCACAAUCUGUGGAAGCAGCAGUGGCUUUAGUCGCUGUGCUCCUGCCAGCCUUCUCCCACGAAAUGAGAUAUGUCCAAGGGAUGGCAGACCCACAGCAUUGAGCAGCCUGCUGUGCUGACCACUGAAUCCAGGCCACGUGCUGCAGACGGUGGCCGUGGGUGAGUGAUGAGGCCACUACCCAGAAAGGUGCUUGUGCACUGUGUGGGGUAGGAACUGUAAGAGAUGCUGCUGCAAGAUGCUGACUUCCUUGUUUUUCGUGUCAUUUGUGCUCUGGGGCUAAGCUGUGUAUAAGUCAUCAAAUGGCAGAAGCAAGAUUUCUCUUUUCAGAUCUACGAAAUAUUUUGUUUAUACUCCACAUUCUUACUUCCUAUAUUGGGAUGGGUAGGCCACUGCCUUAGGCCACUUAGAAGGAUUUAAGACAAUUUGUAAGCAUAGAUGAAACCCCACAUGAUGGUAUGAGUAGGAGAGAAAGAGAAAAAGGGAUUCAGAAAUCAGGCUACGAAGUGUACACCACACAUGAAGGCUCAUACCUGUGUUAUACCAUGAGCCAAAUGUGUAGCUCUAGGGUUUCUGGUAGCCAGUUAAGGGAUGUAUGUGUCUGUGGCUAAUCAUUAUAUAGGUCAGGAUAAUGAGGUGAUACUGUAGUGACAAACGGCAAAUCUCCCUGGCUUAAAACAACCAGUUUGCUUCGUGCUCUUGGUAAGAGACCCUAGUGGGCUGAGGUCAGGCCAAGGCAUUUUGUAUCUGAUGUUAGCGGAACAUGGCUAUGUGAAUUCAUUUAUGUACAGGAGACCUUGCCAUCCUGAUGUUGGAAAUGCAUGGUGAUGAUUACAAGCACAACAUCUUUAAAAAUGUUUUUGUAGGCCUGGCA